ACUUUGUACUUAAAUGUUACUAAAACUUAAAAGCCGCCGGUAGACACUAAUAAUCAUAAUUAACUCAAAUCUUCGAACUUAUAAAUAACAAACUCAAAGUCCACAAAAUUAAAUUAAGCUAUCACUCAAAAUAAACCUUCAACUCAAUGGCUAAUUAUUCCAUCAAACUUUCCUUAAUCAUCUUCACAUUUUUCUUCCCCCGUCAACUAAUUUUCUGUAAUAGCCAAAACAAUGUAAUUAAAGGAGGAUACUGGUUUAGGGACAGUGGAAUAUCCUCAAACAACAUUGAUUCAACUCUUUACUCACAUUUAUUCUGUGCAUUUGCUGAUCUCAAUCCACAAUCAAAUCAAUUAAUCGUUUCGCCCGAAGAUCGAGAUUCGUUCGUGCAAUUUACGAGCACAGUUCAAAGGAAAAAUCCCUCAGUAAAAACUUUGUUAUCCAUAGCUGGAGGUAGAGCUAAUAGAACAGCUUAUGGGAUCAUGGCAAGAACGUUCAAUUCAAGAAAAAGUUUUAUUGAUUCAUCAAUAAAAUUGGCUAGACAAAUGGGUUUUUAUGGACUUGAUCUUGACUGGGAGUAUCCUGAAUCGACUACCGACAUGAAAAAUUUAGGGAUUCUUUUAGAUGAAUUGCGCGCUGCUAUUAAUACAGAGGCAAGAAAUUCCGGUCGGGUAUCGCUGCUUCUCACGGCUGCGGUUUCCAACUCACCCCGAGUCAAUGGUUUGAACUAUCCUGUUUCGUCAGUGGCAAGAAAUUUGGAUUGGCUCAACAUCAUGGCUUAUGACUUCUACGGACCAAAUUGGUCACCAUCACAAACCAAUUCACACGCACAAUUGUUUGACCCUGUGAACCAUGUGAGCGGAAGUGAUGGAAUUAACUCGUGGAUUCAAGCAGGCGUUCCAAUACGAAAAAUGGUACUUGGAAUGCCAUUUUAUGGCUAUGCUUGGCAAUUGGUUAAUGUGAAUAAUCACGGUCUCAGAGCACCUGCAAAUGGAAAAUCAAAUGCUGGUUCGAUCGAUGAUGGGUCGAUGACAUAUAACCAAAUUAGGGAUUUUAUAGUGCAGAAUCGUGCUAAGACUGUGUAUAAUGCAACAAUUGUUGGAGAUUAUUGUUACUCUGGAAGUACUUGGAUUAGUUAUGAUGAUACCCAAAGUAUUAGAACUAAAGUUACUUAUGUUAAAGGCAGAGGAUUGCUUGGUUACUUUGCUUGGCACGUGGCAGCAGAUCAAAAUUGGGGACUUUCUCGAACGGCUUCACAAACUUGGGGAGCAUCAUCUCAAGAGAUGAAAUGAUGGAUUAUGUAAAAUAUGUUUACUUUGUCGUAGUACUACCGCUACUUAUAAUAAGGUGAUAAGGUGACAAAUAUGUGAACCAUAACAUAAAUAAAUGCAUGUACCAUAUCGGAUGUUUCAGUUUUAUCAUAGUUAAGUAAUUUAAUAAGAAAUAAUACAUCAAAAUCCUCCUGAACUUA